GACGGCCCCUUACAGCUACUACAUAGCAUAGCCCUGCCACGGCUGAUCUUAUCCUCGAAUAGGCACCGGGUAUUGGCACCACCACCAACUAUUUUGGGUAACUGUGAUACUGUAAUAGUUCUCACAGGCUGAAUGAUAACUUUAUUUUUUCGCCGCCAUGUAGAAGAUCCUGUAACGGUUAAAUUAAAUGAUCAGCAGUCUAUAUCCUUACCCGUAAUACAAUUGCACCCGCAAUCUUUCCACGGAGCCAUCACAGUCACAUUGUGUGCAGGAGGAGGGAAGAGUAUAAGUUAUGAAGCUUGGCCUCGACGUUGGAAUUUUGAUUGAUUGUUUCAUUAAACUACUGAACCGAGCGAAACGAUCCGAUUAAAACUUGAUACCUACUCGAGAAAGCGGCUUACGUCAACAAGCAACUAGCAAAUAUGAUGUUUAAGAACUAUGCCUUAGUCUUCCUCUCCGUCGCCUUCCCUCUAGCUACGACAUCGGCGCUACCGAAACAUAGCUCUUCAGUCCCGAGUAAGGCGUGUUGGGCCGGCCAGAUUCAUUAUCCUUGCAACGGGUCGACGACGGGUUGUACUCCUGACGGGAUCAUGGUUAAAUGUCAAGACACGAGCGGUGCAAUGAUCUACGCCGAUAUGUGCGGCCUAGGAUCCGCGGGAAAGGGUACAUGUACCUACGACGCCGACUGCAAUGCGGCCUGCAGUGCUUAGAGUAUUGAAAACUUGGGCAAGUCACGGGCUGAACGAGAGUGACUAUAAGAAUGCCUUGGAUACCUGUUAUUCAAGCAUGAUCAUCUAUAAUUCGUUAUAUGGGAGUGUUUGAGGGACGAGUAGUUGUGAAUCACUGAUUUCUAUUUGAGGAUUCACUUACACUGAUACGCCAUUGAUAA